UGCACCUAUGAACCGGAAGAAUGUAGAGAGAAACAGGAAGCGGAACACAAACUUCUUAAGUCAGCCCAGUGUGGCAAUCCCACUGGAGAAUCACUAACGUGCUACUACAACCCAAAAGACCCUGAUGAAAUCGUCCACCAGAAGGCUUCGACAGGAAGUUACAACAGACUGGUACUACAAAACAUGGCGUGGGCCACUGGCAUUGUGGUACUAGGUCUUGCUGUUGUCAUAGCAGCAGGAUGUUUUAUUUCCUCCUACCACCGUCGAUACAGUUACCAUCGAAUUGAUGACAACUCGAUUCUUUGA